AUCACAUCUUACAAUGGAACAGUCUACCCUUAUCUACGCUGCUAUUUUUUUUAUUGCUUUUAUUUCUAAUUCUGUUUUUACGGGAGGUAUUUCUGAUCAAGCGCAGUAUGGUCUCGGUGGUGUAUGCUUGUUGUUUAUUGACCAUUAUAGAUAUGAUGAUUCUAUCAAAGCAAACGUUUUUUCUGCCUAUUCAAACUCAUGCUCCAUUGCUAUUUCGGUUGGCUCGUUUGGAUUUCUGGCAUUAUUUUUACUGGCAGCAGCUCAUUUUUGGUUUGUAUGGAAAAAGGAACAACCAUCGAAACGUGUCGUUUACCUGUUUGCCAUGUCAGCCAGUGUGAUGGCCUUUAUCUUCUUUAUCACAGCAGCCGUCGUCAGUGCAGGUCUUAGUCAAACUUGCAGCCAGUUUUCAAAAGUAGAACAGUUCCGUACUUGCGCCAAUGUGUUUUCUGACGGAUUUUUUGCAGAUACUGUUGCAAAGUUGUACUCGAAAAACCUGACAACAAUUUCUGCAGCUGCAGGUGCUGGAUGGAUGAUGUGCAUCUCUUGGACUGCUUUGGCUAUAUAUGACUGGGUUAACUACCGUGUAUCUGCCAACAAAUGGUGGUAGACGUAACAAGUACACUGUUGAAUUAUUGACAUACUUUUGAGACUUCCUAUAUUUUUGGAGAAUGGGAGCUUAAUUUUCAUUAUACUUGCUUCUUCUUUUCAAACCAGUUUGAUUAUCAUACAUGUUUCAUUGUUUUGGGUUUUUUUGAUUAAAAUAAAUGGUCAUUUAUUAC